AUGAGCGAGGAAGAACACAAAUUAAAAUUAAACGAAGUUUGGCGUGUAAUUCAUAAAAUCCAAAAUGGAAUUUCCCGAUUUGAUCUCAAUAUUUGGAAAAUGUUUAAAGAAUCCGAUUUGAAAAACACUGGCCAGAUACCUGAAACUAAAUUCAGAAACAUUUUGGAAAUGUUAAAAACGAAAUUAGAAAUUUCGGAUAAUGAAAUUAGAAAAGUGGCAGAUUAUUUCAAAAAUAGAAAUGGACAAAUUUUAUAUGAGCAGUUUUAUGGAGUUCUCAAUGAAGAUGUACAAAAUCUUUCUCCAAACAAAAUUAAUAUCAACAGCCUUGAAUUGGGAGAUUCAUAUCAUAUAAAUGAAUUGUCAUCAAAUGAAAAAAGUCACCUGCUAAAAAUUCUGGUUAAAAUUGCUAAAACUGUAAAAUUUAGAAACAUUGCAUUAAUGCCUUCUUUUCAAGACUAUGAGCUCGUCACAAGAAACCUUGGCAACGUUACAGUACCUCAUUUUUCACGUAUAAUGCAUUUUAUGAAAAUUUUUUUGUCAGAGGAAGAUCUAUUGUUAUUAUUAAAAGGGUUCAUGAAAGAUUCUUAUUCUGUUAAUUAUAUUGCAUUUAAUAAAGCUAUAGAAGAAAUUAUAAAAUACUUUGAUUCAAAUGAAAGAAUUGAUAUCUCGCAGCCUCGUCCAUUACAUCCUGUUUUUAGUAAAAAAAAUGAAUUAAGAGAACUAAAUGAAAUUCUUCUGCAAAUACAGAAACAUUUAAAUACAAAUCAAAUAAGGCUCAGUGAAUUUUUUCAAGGAUAUGAUAUAUUAAGAACAGGAAAAGUUACAUCCAAUCAAUUUGUACGAGCUUUGGACAGCUUAGGAAUAUCAGGUUUACAUAGAUUAUUUUUACAACAAGAAGAAAUUGAUAUGAUUGUGCAAGCUUUUACAGACCUUGCUCAAAGUGAUAUGGUUAAUUGGAAAUCCUUUGAAUAUGGAAUCAAUAAUGUUUCUAGUAAAAACCACCUAUUAGACGUAAAGAAGCCAUUUCAUAUAGUUACCAAAGAAAAACAAGAUAAUUUAGAGAGCGGUUAUCAAGAUAAAAAUAAGGACCUUUCUGAAGAAGCAAAUUAUAAAAUCAAAAAGAAAAUAGAAAACAGAAGAAUUGAUUUAUAUACUUUCUUCAAAGAUUUUGACAAAUUAAAUAAAGGUUAUGUUAGCCGUUCGCGAGUUAGGCAAAUUCUUUAUUCAAAUGGAAUAUUAUUGUCGGAACAAGAGCUUUUUGCUUUGGAGGAACAAUUCAACAAUGAUGUUGGUUUUAAUUAUAUUUCGCUCUUGAAACAUCUAGAUCCCAUGAAAAAUGAAUAUUCAAAGUUCAAAACAAUAUUAUCUACCGAUUUCAAACCUUCUAUGCAUCUCAUAUCAAAUCUGAAACCAAUUGAAGUAAAACCAGCAGAUAUUAUUAAUUUAAUAUCUAAAGUGAAAAGCCAAACUGUAAUCAAACAAAUAAGAAUACUAAAUUGUUUUAAGGAUUAUGAUCCGCAUAAUAUGAAUUCUAUAUCUGAGGCUAAUUUUCGCAGAGGUUUAAAAAUUGGACAGAUAAACUUAAAUGCUGAAGAACUAGAUAUUUUGUGCAAGCUUUUUGCAUCGCCUAUGCGUUCAAACUUUAUUUCAUACAGACGGUUUUGCGAUACUAUUGAAGAAGUCUUUAAACAAAAUCAACUUGAAAAGUCACCAUUAAUUAUUCCUUUACAAUAUUAUCCAAUCAUCGAAAGUAUCGCUUGCAAUUUAAAUCUUAAUGAACGAAAUAUUGUAUCAUCAGCUUUACAAAAGCUUUCUAAAAAUGCAAAUAUAGUUUCGAAUUUAAGUGAAAUUUAUAAAGGUUUCGAUAAAAUCAACCAUGGUGUAAUUACAAAAAGUCAAUUUUUAAGAGGUUUGUGUAUAAGAGAUCUUCAGACCUGUAUUAGUAACAGGGAGUUUGAUAUUAUUUUCAAAUGUUUUGGAACUGAGAAAGGUAAAGUACAAUGCAAACAGUAA